ACAUGAAGGCCAUCACCCCUGUCUAUAAAAACACUCAAAGACUUCACAUUGAAUGUAACGAAUCUUAGGAUUUUGAAAACCUUCGACACUUCCCAAAGGCCGAAGAGGGAGUAUGUCCAUGACCAUGAAAGCUCAAGAAGAUGAAACCCGUAAAGAUGGAAAGGCGGAAGAGUUGCUGGGCGAUGAUGGUGUUUCCAUCGAGAUCAAGAAGCUGGGGAAGAAUUCGCGUAGGAUUCAUUCCAAAGUUGGGAUCGAAGCGAGUCUAGAUUCCGUCUGGAACGUUCUGACGAACUACGAGAAGCUGUCGGACGUCUACUCGACCCUUGUCUCAAGCGAAUUGGUAGAGAAGGAGGGAAAUCGCUCUCGUGUUUUGCAGAUUGCGCAGAAGAGCUUACUGGGUGUUAAAGUCAGUGCCAAAGUCGUUCUAGACUUUUACGAGAAGGAUCUUGAGAUUUUGCCUAAUGGGAAGAGGCGCGACAUUGAAUUCAAGAUGGUCGAAGGCAACUUCCAUUCCUUACAAGGCAAAUGGACCAUCGAGCAGUUCGACGAAGGGGAGACUUCGGAAUCAGAAGCUAAAGAUGUCCGUACAACUCUGUCCUAUCUGGUGGAUGUACAGCCUAAGCCGUGGUUGCCCGUCGGCCUGAUUGAAGGCAGAUUCUGCAACGAGAUCGAAGCAAACCUUUCGGGCAUACGACAAGCUUCCCUUAAACCUGUGUGAGCUGCCCUCCUCCAACAUCCUAUGGCCAAUUUACUCGAUAAUAAGCUCCUAUAUUGCUUUCAAAUAAAUCCAGUUUCUUUUGAGUUUUUUUUUUGUUUAUUGUGUCUUGGAUAAGUUCAACCUUUGAAGAAAUCCUUUCUUCCUUUACAUUUA